CUCACUCUUCUUUUCACAUUCAAAGAUGGCGGCUUCCAGGACGAGUUUCGCGCAAUUUAAGAUUUUUGCAAACUACUCAAUGAAUUCUUGAUCUGGUUUACUAUGCGCUACAAUUUCAAUCCAUAAUGAUAACUUAAUCUAUUUGCAUCAAGAUGUAUUUAAUAUCAUUGCCUCCAAAGAAAUAACAUGAUUGUUUUGCCAAGAUUUGGAAAUGGCGCCAUCAGAUUUCGGUUUGCGAUAUCCAAGCGUGGAUGUUCUCUUUUUAACUUCAGAAAAAGAGGCUCGUAUGGUUAUACUCCGAACACUGAAGUCCGGGAUUUAAUGGUCAGGCGAGGACUCUUCCAAUUGUCCCUUGUGGCAUGCUUUGAAAAUAAUACUAUAUUAGUAGGGACAAAACCUAAACGCUCUGCUAUUUCCAAGGGAAGUUACAAAUUUUAUUCCAGUGGAGGUAAUUUUGGUGUCAGCUCUGGUAGCCAUGGAGAUGGCCCAUCACCAGACGACCCAAAAGUUGGAUCUCCUGAAAGCAAACUAUCAGUGGAAACACUUGACGUUGAUGGAACCACCCCAGACUUGCAUGAAUCACGUGAGAGCUUGGAGAGUGCAGAGGAAGAGUUACCUUUUAUCCCCUACAAGCUGUGGAAAGCUGAUGUUGAUGCCAUAAUGUGGAGAUUCAGAGCUGACAAGUCAGUACAAAGUGCAGCUAAAAAUCAAGGUCUUGAUGAUUCUCAUUUCAAAGAAAUCUACAGAUCAUUCAGAAAAGGAAUGAUGAGAGCCAUGAAACAAGACAUUGAGCUGCAUGCUCUCAUGUGUGCUAUUGACUCCAAUAAAGCUCAUGUACAAGAACUUGUGCCAUACUUCCUGGCAGAAGGAAACAGAAUAUUUCCAUUGCUUGGGUGUGACCUGGAUAAGCUGAAGAAGAUAUCAGACCUACGAGGGCCACAUGACCUAUUUCCGGAAGCAAGAAAAUUGAGAAGAAAAAUUAUCUACCAUGCUGGUCCAACAAACAGUGGCAAAACACACCAAUCUCUUAAGAGCUUCAAGACUGCCAAGUCAGCAAUGUACUGUGCACCUCUAAGACUUCUGGCAACUGAGGUGUACAAGCAGACAAACAAUGAUGGAGUGCCUUGUGACUUGGUAACAGGAGAAGAACGGCUAUGGGCAUUGUCCCCGGAUGAGCCAGCUUCACACAUGGCCUGUACUGUUGAGAUGGGCAGCACUAGACGUCACUAUGAUUGUGUGGUGAUUGAUGAAAUUCAGAUGAUGCGGGAUGUCGAGAGAGGCUGGGCCUGGACCAGGGCAUUUCUCGGUGUUGUUAGUGAUGAGGUCCACGUGUGUGGAGAAGACACAGCUGUUGGGCUGAUAAAGAGACUUGCUAAGACCUGCGGUGAUGAAUUUGAGGUCUUUCACUACGACAGACUUAGCCAGCUUCAAGUGCUGCCGUACAGUUUAGGUGGUCAACUGCACCAAGUCCGCCCUGGUGAUUGCAUUGUUGCAUUUUCUCAACGUGAGCUGUUCAAACUGCGUCAGCGAAUAGAGAAGGCAAAAGUAACAAAAUGUGCUAUUGUCUACGGUGGUCUUCCUCCAGCCACUAGAGUAGAGCAAGCGGCCAAAUUCAACAACCCCGACGAUGAGCACAAGAUUCUUAUCGCUUCAGAUGCAAUAGGCAUGGGCCUCAACUUAAAUAUCAAGCGUAUCAUCUUCCACGCGAUGGAGAAGUUUGAUGGCCAGUCUGUCACACAACUUACCGCAUCUCACGUCAAGCAGAUAGCAGGCAGAGCCGGCAGAUACGGGUCUGAGUACCCAAAAGGCGAAGUCACCACAUUGUACGCCUCGAGUCUCCCUACGCUAAAAAAACUCAUGAGCCAACCCUCCGACGAAGUUCAGCGUGCGGGAUUAUCACCGAGCGUGGAACAGAUCGAGAUGCUCUCGCAUCAGCUGCCGAACGCCACCCUUGGGGACCUUGUGGAUCUCUUCCUGGAUGUGGCGCAGCUUGAUGGAGAAAACUACUUCAUGUGUGAUCUGGAGAAUGUCCAGUACCUAGCGGAACUUGUCGAGGGGAUACCGCUAACUAUCUGGGAGCAGUACUCCAUCUGUCAAGCUCCAGUCAGCCGUAACAGGACGCUCUCUGCUUCCGUCAUAGUCGAGUUUGCUCGACGAGUGAGCGAGAAAAGAGAGACCAAAGUGAUUGAUGUGAAGGAGAUGGUGCGGUGGCCACCGGUGAUGCCCAAAUCUCUCAAGACGCUGCAGGACGUUGAGGCAGUGCAUGAAGUGUGCGACGUCUAUCUAUGGCUAAGUAUUUCUACGUUUGUCAAUGCAUUUAACUUAACGCGUGAGCUCAUGCGAUGUCCUUCUUCAGCUACCGCUUCCCCGAGGUGUUCACGGACCAAGAAAACAUGCGCGAGAUGCAGCAGUUUGUGGAAAAGAUUAUCGGCGUUGCGGUCAACUCCGGCCUCAAGCAGCACAGGGUCCCCAACAUCAAAGAACCGCACUCGCGGGAUGCGCGGGAUGGUUCAGAUGAGUCGCGGGAAUCACGUGAGCAAGGGUGGUUAUCGGAUUACGAGCCGCGUGACACCGCCACACUCCAGCUCACCCAAAGAGACUACAGCCGAUUGCGUGACUUGACCAGCGCGCGUCACGCAAGACUAAAACUCCCUGGAGGCUUCGAGAUACCUGUGGUGAUAAAAACUACCGCUGGAGACAAGUACAAGAUGAAUCAUAAGAAACGACGAUAGGGACAGUAAGGAUUACGAAUAAAACAUGAUAAUGAUAAGGCAUAAGCGAUACACAUACACGUAAAAAAACAUAUUUUAAAAGACCAUAGGGCAAAACAAAAUAAAUUACUUGCCCUUCCUAACAAAUCAUCAUUAUUGUUAUUUUAAAUAUAUAUUUAACAUCUUGAAUGGCUUUUAAAAUCUCUAUCAGUUCUAUAGUGAUUUCCUAUACUGUUCGUUAGGAACUCGAGCAUUUACUCAGAUAUUCCCUAUAUCUAGAUUAUUGUGGUCCAAGCGACCCGUAGGGGCCUUAAGAGAUAGACCUGCGCUAUGUCCUAGUUUAAACACAAGACGUAAGAAUGCUCAAUUUGAAUUUGCGAUUUAUAAAGAAUAAAAUAUAAAGAAAGAAAAAACUAUAAAAAA